AAACGUAAUAUCCUCUAUACUAUUAUCGAGUUUCGUAAUCUUAAAGGUCGACCGGAAGGCGCUAAUAGAGCUUAUUUAGCGGCUACGAGUCCUAAGAGUAGAAGCCCGAGGUUCUUAAUAUACCUCUCCUUCGACGUCUUAAACGCGCUUAAGGAGUUAGGUCGAGAUACUAGGUUCGAAGACGAUAUUAAGAGCGAUAAAGGGUACUCGGGUAGUCUAGUAACGCGGUAUUUAAAAAGUAUUACUAAUUAUAAUUUAUUACGCGCGACCUUUAGUAUAUCGUUCUUCUUCGGCCCUCCUAAGAAGGUCUAG